AUGAACAAAGAAAUUACGCAGUACGAUUUGGAGGCCAGCUCAAAUGUAGAAGUAAAAAAAAAAAUCAAUGAACAAAAGAGCCUGUUUGAAAAGGUAAAGCCAUUUGCCGUGGGUGGGGCCAGUGGGAUGUUUGCGACUUUCUGUGUGCAGCCACUUGACAUGAUCAAGGUGCGGAUUCAGUUAAAUGCUGAAGGAGCAAACGCUGUUAAGAACCCAUUUAUUGUAGGCAAAAAUAUUAUUGUAAAUGAAGGGGUACUGUCUUUGUAUAAAGGGUUAGAUGCAGGGCUCACUCGACAAAUUGUAUACACCACAGGAAGGUUAGGAUUAUUUAGGACCUUCUCUGAUAUGGUAAAGCAAGAAGGGGAACCUUUGCCAUUUUACAAAAAAUGUUUUUGUGCACUCGCUGCUGGAGGAUUAGGUGCCUUCAUGGGAAACCCAGCAGAUCUGUCCUUAAUAAGACUACAAGCUGAUAAUACUUUACCCAAAGAAUUGAAAAGAAAUUACACAGGCGUAUUCAAUGCUGUGUAUAGAAUUUCAAAAGAAGAAGGAAUUUGUGCCUUGUGGAAAGGAUCCGUGCCAACUAUUGCACGAGCUAUGUCAUUAAAUUUGGGUAUGCUCUCCACAUAUGAUCAAUCGAAGGAGUACCUGGAAAAAUAUCUAGGGGUAGGUAUGAAAACUAAUCUCGUUGCUAGUGUGAUUAGUGGCUCUGUUGCAGUCACUCUUAGUUUACCAUUCGAUUUUGUUAAAACAUGCAUGCAGAAAAUGAAAGUCGAUCCUGGUACGAAGAAAAUGCCCUACAAAAAUAUGCUUGACUGCACACUCCAGUUAUAUAAAAAGGGAGGUAUAUCCAUCUUCUACGCAAGUUACUCAACAUACUAUGUACGUAUUGCGCCCCAUGCAAUGAUUACCCUGAUAACUAUGGAUUACUUGAAUAAUUUAUUAAAGAAAUUCGCUUAG